CUUGAUACCUGCACCGCCAAACCAUGGUCUGCGUCUCGCGCAUCGUACCACUGGCUGAACGUCUGGAGCUUCACGGUGGCUGAGCUGCUCUCUGAUUUGACCUCCUCAUUUCCCGGUUGCCAUCUGCGUAUUUUCACAUAGAAAUUUUCUGGUCACCAAGCUUCACCAGCGGCAACCGAUACAACCGAUACCACCUCGACCCCUCCUCUACUAAAGUCCACCAACCGGGCGCAAUCCAUCAUGUCAUCUACAUCCGCGAAACCAUCACUAGAAGGCCGUGCUCCAGUCCCGGGGCGUACCAGAACCGGGUCAAUCCCGACCCGACCUUCACGUGGAGAUUCUAGACGGAAAUCCAUCCAGUUCAAUAUCGGCGGUUCGGAGUCCCAACCCCCCAGUCGGUCUGCUAGCGUCUCAGGCCGCAAGCGUUCACCGUCUCAUGUGUAUGAAAAGGAGGCCAAGGCUGCUGGGCGAGGGCUAUCACCUCCUCCACCUAAGACCUACGAACGAGGCGUCUCCUUCGAUACGUUUGAUAACCCCGAUGCGCCAGAUUUCUCCUUAACACUCAACUACAAACACAAAGGAUACCAAAGCACGCGACGCAGUCGGACAUUUCUCUGCGGAACAGACCAGAACGAUUACUCUGAUUUCGCGCUCGAGUGGCUCAUCGAUGAGCUGGUGGACGAUGGCGAUGAAAUCGUCUGUCUCCGUGCGGUAGAGAAGGAUUCCAGUAUCGCAAGUGAUGCCGCAGUCGAAGCAGGAAAAUACCGAAAGGAAGCGGAGAAGUUGCUCGAACAAGUGAUACAGAAGAACAGUCAGAAUGAGAAGGCGAUCAGCUUGGUUCUGGAGUUGGCUGUUGGCAAAAUUCAGGACAUCAUCCAACGUAUGAUCAGGAUUUAUGAGCCCGCCGUCCUGAUUGUGGGCACUAGAGGCCGCAACCUAGGCGGCGUGCAAGGGUUGCUACCAGGCUCCGUUUCGAAAUAUUGCUUACAGCAAUCGCCCAUUCCUGUUAUUGUGGUUCGUCCAUCCACUAAGCGGGAAAAGAAGAAAAAGAAGCGUCUCGCAGAUCCCACCAGACGCAACUAUAAUCACAUCUUGGAGAUGAGUGAGCGACGGGGAAGCGAUAUCUUCGACAGAAGCUCCAGCCGGGACAGCAGUGUGUCAAAGCUGCCUGACGAGGAGGCUGCUGUGGCUGCCGCUCUUGGCCUGCCUCAGACAUACACAAACUCACGGAGCUCACUCUCUACAUCGGAGCGAAGCAGUGUCAGUCAUGAUGAAUCACCCUCUCCGAUGGGUUCACCUGGCCCUGUUUCCCGGAGCCCUCUUGGGGGGAGCGUGGAAAAUUCCGAGGUUGAUACCGGCUCCGAUGACGAACCUACCGUAUCGCACGUGGAAGACCACGAGGACGUUUCACCCAAGCAGGAGCCUUCAGAACCAAGCAAUCACAUAUUCUUUGAGACGCAAAAUGUCCCCGGAUUGACUGAGGGCGUUGCGGGAGCGCCCUCGUCCAAUGUGACGGUCCCGCUUAUCGUGACUGAGGAUAUUUCUCCGGAUGGCUCUGAGAAGCAAAGCGAUUGAGCGGUCGAAGCACAUCCACACGGAACUCGCCAUCUAUCAUAUACAAUUGGGUCAUUUUACCCUAUCCACAUCACAGAUCAACACGUCAGAGGGGGUAACACUCGGCUUGCCAUCUCUACGCGUAAGAAUAUCUGGCAGCAUCUCCAUUUUACUCGACACUAUGGGGAUCUACAGCAUUACGUACAUGGUUAAAUUCGUAUCAUAA